GAAUGCAUUACCAUUAAUUUUAUUGUCUUUCUCUAAAUUUCGAUGUCCCAUUGAUGCUUCCGUACACACACUUUUAGUAGUUCAACAACAAACGACGACGACAGAUGACUGAAGAAGAGUGUAAAAUUUGAUGAAGGGUACCAAAGACGUCAACUUGGAGGUGGCUUGAUAAACUUAAGUUUCAUCUGUCCAGUUGCAGACCAGCGGCCCGGAAUUCAAAAUGUCAGUCAUCCAUGGAUUGUCUAAUGUCUCAAAAGUGUGUUGGACUUCCAGCUUCACAAAAAACCAACGUAUCUAUAUCAUCUUUGUAAUCAUCGUAACAAUAGAGUUCCUUCCUUGUUCAGUGGCCAACGUGCUGGACAGUGUCAAGUGCAGAGAUCUACAGCUUGGACAAUAUGUGUGUCAAGACCCUGUUAUUGAUGCUACGAUGCAGGCUGCUGUUGGGUGCAGUCCAAACCGCUUAGUCACAGUGAAUUGUAUGCCAGUACCAGGGACAGUGUGUGAUGGAACUGAGCAUAAUGGCACCACAUCAGCCUUUACAAGAGAAGUCCCAUGUAGAUACACGACCGGUUAUAACUACAACACUACUCUCUUGCUGUCGAUAUUUCUUGGAAUGUUUGGUCUGGAUCGACUGUACCUUGGGUACCCAGCCCUGGCACUGCUCAAAUUCUGCACAGUAGGGCUACUCUUCAUCGGCCACUUUCUGGACGUCAUUCUCAUCGCAAUGCAGGUUGUCGGACCAGCAGACGGCUCGGAUUACGUUUUGGAUUACUAUGGACCGGCAUUACACAAAUCCACAAUAGAUAACUACACGUACUACAUGCCAAACACAGACUGAGAACAGAUAGUGUCAUUCCUUCAACUGAAAUAUGAACACAUCGCGGAUAGAAUUCUGCAGUCGCCUGGCAUGUGCAUUUAGACCCUCUUCUGUUGAGGAUGAGACAGGGAAUUCUGCAGUCGCUCGGCUAGACUGGGCCUCGCCGCUAGAUCCAGUGAUUCCAUUGAAUACAAUGAUAUCAUUGGAUACGUGCAGUGACAUGGGCUUUCCAUGCCCAAACAGUACUGCCGCCUGUCGUCGCGUAUCUCUCUAUGUGAAAUGAGGGAGGUCAAAGGUCAAACUACACGCCGGUUUUUGAUGCCGGUCUCUGGCGUUAUUCACGAGCCUCGAAGAAUGACGUCAAAGGUUCAGGCUAUCGCUCAGCGUGUGUAUUUAGGCCCUUGUGUGAUGAGGAUAAGACAGGCCUACACGGCCCUGAAACCCUUUCGAGGACUAGCAACGGGGAAUCGGUUAGCCUGCAGUUAUUUCACUGGUCCAUAUUUUAUAUUAAAGAGGAAUGCACUUCAACACUGAACUAGCCAGCUGGACCAUUUGGAAAGAAUUUUGACUGCGACUGAGGUAUCAUAACUAGCAAUUGGCCAGCAGACCAUUGCUAAUGGAGAACAAGAAUAAACUAUAAAAAAUAGUAAACUUGCAGGUACAUUCAUGUACUAAGUCUCUUUUGAUGGAGUGGGGGCUCUAAAAAGAGUCGGUUUGGUCUUAACAAUUCGAACAGUGUACACUGCUCAUCUCAGGAAAAAGUCGUACCAUGAACACUGGUCGAAGAGGAUUUGUGGAAGCGUUUAAGAUGCUAUUUUUGUUGGCUUAUGUGAGCAGAAAGUACUUGGUGACGAUACAAUAGAUGAAUUGCAAUAGGCCUCAUUGACUGCCAUCUUUGAUGUAAAACAAUGGAAAAACGCAUGCGUGUAUGCGCUCAGCGCGACCCUCAGCCAAUGAUAGCUCUUCACGUGUGAGCAAUUUAUCAAAGAAUUGCAAUCCAUCUAUACCCUCCACUCUGAAUUCUGGGGUGAUAUCACAAAGACCUACGACUGAUCUUAACUGUUGAUCAAUCUUAAAGGCAGUUGACACUAUUGGUAAUUACUCAAAAUAAUUAUUAUAAUGAAACCUUUCUUGAGAAAAUGAGAAAAGCACCUACAUGUAUAGUUUGCACAUUUGAGCUGUUUUGGGAACAAGCACUAUAAAAGAGAAGAUUAAUUUGUCUUUUUUGUGUGGGUAUUUCAAUACUUCAAGCACUUCAAUACUCAAUGGAAAGUUAUUUGUAUUAAUUUGUACUUUUUGUGUGGGUAUUUCAAUACUUCAAGCACUUCAAUACUCAAUGGAAAGUUAUUUGUAUUUAUCAGUUUAAAUUUAAAACCAAUUGCAGUGAGUUGUUAUUAUUUAAAAAACAAAAAACAAGACCUGGUGGUGUUGCAAAGCUUCCCUUGAAAUUAAUAGUUUUGCCUGCAAUUUAUUUUGUGUAGGAAAGUGAUAAAGUCUUUGGUAAUUAAUGUUUCUGUUCAUUUGUUAGAAAAUUUAUCCCUAAAGGUAUAAUAUAAAAGGACAAUAAACUUUUGCAAGUAACAUUGAA